CUCUGUCGGUGUCUGCCGGUCUUCACGUCAGGAGAACUAGUCUGCGACUCACGAGUGCAAGGACUAUGCUGAAAGGAGUACCAAGGCUUAUCUCCAGGGUCCAUAAGCUGGACCCUGGAUGUUUUUUGCAUACGGGGACCCAGGCACCCCAAAGCAUUGCUGCUCACCUAGAUAACCAAGUUUCAGUGGAGAGUCACAGAGCUAUUUCCCGCACCAGUGAGAGUGACCCGGCUAAGCAUGGGGAACAGCACGAGGGUCAGCACUACAACAUCCCCCUCCAGGAUUUGAAGACUGUGUUUCCCCACGGCCUGCCUCCUCGCUUUGUAAUGCAGGUGAAGACGUUUGGGGAAGCUUGCCUGAUGGUACGGAAACCAGGCCUCGAGCUUCUGCAUUACCUAAAAAACACCAAUUUUGCAUAUCCAGCUGUACGAUAUCUUGUCUAUGGAGAGAAGGGAACAGGAAAAACCCUUAGUCUUUGCCAUGUUAUUCAUUUCUGUGCGAAACAGGACUGGCUGAUACUACAUAUUCCUGAUGCUCAUCUUUGGGUGAAAAAUUGCCGGGAUCUUCUACAGUCCACCUACAACAAAGAGCGUUUUGAUCAACCUAUAGAGGCUUCAACCUGGUUAAAGAAUUUCAAAACUGCAAAUGAACGCUUCCUCAGCCAGAUAAAAGUUCAAGAGAAGUAUGUCUGGAAUAAGAGAGAAAGUACUGAGAAAGGCAGUCCUCUGGGAGAAGUAGUUGAACAGGGCAUAACACGGGUGAGAAAUGCCACAGAUGCAGUUGGGAUUGUGCUGAAAGAGCUAAAGAGGCAAAGUUCUUUGGGAAUUUUUCGCCUGCUAGUAGCUGUGGAUGGUAUCAAUGCUCUGUGGGGAAGGACCACUCUAAAAAGAGAAGAUAAAAGCCCGAUUGCCCCAGAGGAAUUAGCACUUAUUCACAACCUGAGGAAAAUGGUGAAAAAUGACUGGCAUGGAGGUGCCAUUGUGUUGACUUUGAGCCAGACUGGGUCUCUCUUUAAGCCCCGGAGAGCCUAUCUGCCCCAGGAGUUGCUGGGAAAGGAAGGAUUUGAUGCCCUCGAUCCCUUUAUCCCCAUCCUGGUUUCCAACUAUACCCCAAAGGAAUUUGAAAGCUGUCUUCAGUAUUACUUGGAGAAUAAUUGGCUUCAACAUGAGAAAGCUCAUACAGAAGACGGGAAAAAGGAGCUGCUGUUCCUAAGUAAUGCAAACCCCAGGGAGCUGGAGCGGCUCUGUGCCUACCUCUAAGCCACGGUCACAACGUGCAUGGAAGAACAUGGACAUUUCCUUUAAGCUGGACCCAACCAGAUGGAAUCACUACACAGGAAGAGCAGCCAGGCCCCUCUGCUUAGGGGAUUGGACAAGACUGCAGUUGGCUCUGGACCUUCGUUGAAAUGAGUUCCUUGCAAAAUGACUGUGAACACGUGGCAAUAAGAUGUCCUCUUCUUCCU